AAAAUAAAACCUUGAUUCCCAAGUUUCCUCCCUCUCACCACCGUCCAAUUUUCAUCCUCUCACACCAAUCUUCCUUUACUAAUCUCCUCCUCCCAAUUGCUUGAAACCUCUACAACCACAAGCUCCCCCUUCAUUUCUUCUUCAACCCCUCUCUCUCUCUCGUUUGUGUUUGAGUUAAUUUGUUCUACUCACUGGUUGAGGCUGUUGUCGUUGGCAGGUUGAUACCUUGUGUCAGAACUGAAUUUUGCCUUUUGCCUUUCUGAACAAGCGGACCCUUUGUGUCAGAAGAAAAUCCCUAUCUCCAAUGGUCGUUUGUCUUUCGAUCUAUCCGAAAAAGAGUCUUCAGUUAUACUUAGCUUCAAUGAAUUYCAAGAGCUUAUCCUCAAACCCUUGUCGGAAAACCAGCUUCACCCGGAGAUUUCUUCGAGCUCUCGCAGAAAUAAGAAGGGAGGAGCCCAAUUCUUCCUCUCACGUCGACAUCAGUCGGCGCUGCCAGAGAAUUAAGGUUGCUGCUUAUGCGUCAAUGGCUUCCGCUGUUGGAUCGAAGAGAGCUUGGAGCCGGGCCAUGAUUUGCAAGGUUCGAAACCGAGCUAUAUGCCGAGCUUCCAUGAGACAGAAGAUCAAGAUCUCAAAGUGGAAGAAAGCCGUUGCAAAUAAGCAUAGGCGAGACGUGAACCAAGAGGAUGAACUCCGAAGACUUGUYCCGGGUGGUAAAUCCAUGGAUUUCUGCAAGCUGUUGGAGGAAACUGCUCAUUAUAUAAAGAGUCUGACCACCCAGGUACAGGUCAUGCGAAGUAUCGCUGAUUACUACUCUACUUGAGAUUGGUUUUACAGCUUCAAAAAUAGAAAAUCAAAUAUCAUAUGGAUGGGUCGAACAGACGAAGUAAGAGAAAAGAAAAAAGCUUGAAGUUUGGGAGGUAAGUUUCUAGACCCGGGAGAGAGGGUUUAUACAUAACUGGAUUUCUACAUUCAGCAUACUUAUAUACAUACAUAACAAUAUUAGAAGUUUUCAGAGGUUGGCUGUAAAUUAGAGAUGAACAUUUGAUGAUGGUUGUGAGAAGAAUACAGGGUUUUUAAUGGUUUGUACAUAGGUAUAACUUGGUUGGUGAUACAAUCCUUUUUUCUAUCUUUUGUAUA